UCGCGUGCCGCCUCCGUAUAUCUUUCAAACCGCAGUAACGUUUUUCAAUUUCCCCCACAUUGUCAUACUUUUAUCAAAAAUAGUUUAACAAAAAGUGUGCAGGCAGUGAAGUCAUAAAUCUUGAAAAUAAAUGCCGACAGUGUAUGCCUUGUGACACUCAAAUACUCCAAUAAUUUUUCUUCCCCUCAAUGCUACGAGUUCAUAGUGAAAUACAUCGUUCGUAGUAAAUGUCGGGUGUUUGCACGUCACUAUUGCUCUUUGCCGAUAAACAAAAUUACAAACAAAAAAUAAAGUGAAAAUGCACGACACGUGUUUUAAACUGAAUAUCGAUAUCAACACUGAUGUUUUAAACAGUUUAAAAAAUACAUUUUGUGGAUGUGAACUGUUAUCAAUUAGUGCCCCUAUAAUUUUUGAUAAAUAAUAAUAAUGAAAAAUCCGCGAGUGCAUGUGCAUUAACGUAGAAUACCGUAAAUUGAUCGUAAUAAUGAUAUAGUGACUGUCAAUAUGAUUUUUAAAAUUUUUAUGAUUUCAUUAAUAUGUGGUAUAACGAGGGGAUUUACAGUGGAUGAUGUGCAAAAAUAUGCUGGAUGUAUGUCGCAGUGUCAACAAGCACUGUGUCGAGAUGAAUGCCUUCAGAACGAGUAUUCACAUAAAAGCAAGUAUAUUCUGCGCGAAAAAUACAAACAUUCGUGAUGAAAAAUUUUGAGAAAUGUUGGAAUCUUGUUCUUGCAGAAAUCAAAACAUCCACAAAGGCUGCCAAUUUCAACGCUACAUUGCAUUGUAGAGAUGUUGAUCUCCUCGCGAUAAAACAUAAUCCUGGGAUUUAUUUGAUUGCGAUGGAGGACAUAUCCAACUCGGGGAGGAGAGUUUCAGUGCUCGAAGGAAGUCUCUCGAUUUUCCAAAAUCUCUUGCCUGCAACACCCUAUCGCCUUAUUGUCCAUCAUUUUGACGAAAAUGUCAUCUCCGAACCAGAAAUCACCGAGUGGUUCACGACAACUGCAUUGGGAAUUAUACCGGCGCGGCUGGCUAGGGUUUACGUGGAGAAUAUUUUACAGGAUGACGUGAACGAUGACCAUUUGAUGGCUGAAAUUGCGUUCGCGCCCGGCGAAGAUCGCAGUUGUUUUUAUGACGUUUUGUCAUUUCACGCAGACGAGGGAUUGUCGAUUGGGAGCUUGAAUGCGACCCGAGAAUUCAACUUCAAACUCCGCAACUUGGAGUACCACCAGAAUAACACAGUAAUAAUCUCUGCAAAAAAUAAUGGGAGCUCGAAAAGUAGUCGCAACAUAUCACUGACAUUCGACACCCCGACGUGCUUAGAAGUCCACGCGAAUUUGUCGAGAUGUCCUCCCGAUCAAAUCACUGGACUUCAAGUAACCGACGAACGCGCAUCCAACUCUAAUUUCGAUUUUUCAAUCUCCUGGGAUAAACCUAAAUUUCUACCUCAUAAUUACACAGUUCAAAUAGCGACUAUUGAUCAGUCUAAAGUACCAUACGUCAUUACAGUGCCAGGGAAUUCAACUGGAGUUUCUUACUCAUUAGAAAACGUCGGGCUACCUCACAUGAUCACAAUUGUAGCAGAAUCACCCGGCGGAACGAGUAUUCCAAUGACAAUUCCGUGUGUUCCAGAAACAGAUACUUCCUCAUCAGCAUUCCAAAAAGCGCUGAUAAUCUUCCCCGCCGUGACCCUGACCGCUGCACUGAUAACAAUGAUUUACAUCUACCACAGAUACAAAAAAAUGCAGAACUACGGGGAUCCUUAUCGAUACUACAAAGGGAAUUUCCACGGAAGAACGAUCUUUAAUCUUCUGUACGAGAAACCAAAACUUCUGGAAGUGGAAAAUAAGAUCGAGGACGAUCCAUUGAUAGCCAAAGAUCACCUUGAAUUGGGAGCAAUGCAGCUUAAGAUAAAAGACAUCUUAGGGAGUGGAUUUUCCGGUGUCGUUCGAUUAGGUGCAUUGAAGAUUGAUGAGAACAAAACGAUCAACGUUGCGGUGAAAAUGUUGAGGGAUUGCCCAAGCCCGGAGGAUAUAAAAAAUUUUCAACACGAGAUGAUGGUGAUGAAGUCUGCUGGAAAGCAUCCAAAUAUUGUUUCUCUGAUUGGCUGCUGUACGUCGGAAAUUAAACCGAUGCUAGUCGUUGAAUAUUGUAGCAAAGGAGACCUUCAAACUUAUCUAAGAAACAUAUGGAAAACAAUAAUGGAGGAUUCUUCGCGUCGCGAAGCCAAGUGCAAGUUGAUAAACGAAAGAAACAGCAGAAACCCAGAAUUUUUCGGCCCAGAAUAUGCAAACAAUCAAGAAACAGCAGUGUCUAAUACGCUUUACGACAUGCAGCAAGGUAACACUCAUAUGCUGAACACCACCGAGGACAUCACUGGCGCUGAUUUGCUCAGUUUUGCACUGCAAAUCGCUAACGGAAUGAAAUUUUUAUCGCUGAAUCGAAUAGUGCAUCGGGAUUUGGCUGCCAGGAAUGUAUUAGUUUGUAGUGACAGAACAGUGAAGAUAUCCGAUUUCGGACUCAGUCGGGAUAUUUAUCAGGAUAGUGUUUACAAGAAACAGGGAGAUGGAAAACUGCCACUCAAGUGGAUGGCGGUGGAGGCAUUAACGCAUCAGAUAUAUACGAGUCAGAGUGAUGUAUGGUCCUUCGGGAUUUUACUGUGGGAAAUUGUGACUCUGGGGUGCAACCCUUAUCCCGACACACCUACACAUAUGAUCCUGCAGGUUCUGAAGACUGGGUACAGGAUGGAGAGACCCAGUAAUUGUGGAAAAGAAUUGUAUGAUAUAAUGCUUUCCUGCUGGCGCACGAGACCCCGGAGUAGACCGACAUUCACGGACUUGAAACGUAAUCUCGAAAAAUUAUUACAGACUGUUGGCCACCACGAGUAUUUAAAUUUAUACGAUAUUCACAAUGAUUCACGCAACACAGACACCUCCGAAUAAAUAAAUCCAUCGAGUCACCCGAAUUUAUCAUUAAAAUCGCGUCAUAAUCAUGUGCAAAAUCUCUUAUUUUUUUAUUAUAUAUAUUCCAUCCGUACAUAAGAAUCUGUGGUACAAUUUAUCUCAAUAUCCAUAUAUGUACAUAAUCUUACUUCUUGAAUCUCAAAAACUCAUAGUAAUAACAUGGAAAUAAACUAUAAAGCUUGUCCUUUGCGUAGCUUAUCAGUAGAUUUAAAUGAUUAAUUAAUAUUACAAAAUGUUACAGUAUGUUGAUUUACACGUUUUAUGGAACAAUUCGCACCGGCGUUAGCAUUACCUCUUCGAAUACCAAAAAUCCAUCGAUAAAUGAGUAGAUUUCUGUGUCCAACGAGUGUGAAUAUUUCAUUAUUCAUCGAGUAGCAAUUGAUUUUUCAUUUCCAAUUGAAUUAUUCAUGCUCUUGACACAGUUAAACAUCAUUAUUCUCAACGAUUCCUAUUGUACAGUCGCAAAUCGUUGAUCAAUAACAUCAUGAUGUUUUAUUUUCAUUUUCAUUUUUGAAAUGAUGAUAUGAACCAGAAGACUGAUAUCAAUCUCUAAAUAAUAGUAACUGCAUACCAACAGAAUAUCCCACAUUUUUACAGAUUAAACUCAUCCAUGUUCAUUGCCUACUGAGUUUUAUAGGAUCUUUUUUACUUUCUGUUGUUAGAAUUUAUUCUACAGUUGUGAACGUGACUCGGGCAGUAGGCCUUGCUCACUUAUGAUCUUCCUAAGAUCAAUGUUACAUCAAUAUAUAUUUUUAUGAUUAAAAUCCUUCUGCGAGGUAUUUACAGACUCGGGGAUAAUUCACUUUUGGACUUUAGGCGUUUUUUCUUUGCGUAUCUGUAACGAAUCACGGACAAAAGAAUGCAGUAGACAUUUUUUAAGUAAAAUUUUCCAAGUUUUUUUCUGGAAUUUUCCAAUGAGAAGAAAAGAAUGCAGAUAAAAAAAUUAUAAGUCAUUUUGAGGAGAAAAUAUAUCAAUAAAAUAAGUCGUACAGAAAGAUCAAGAUCUAUUGAUCUAUUCCACGAAAUAGUAAACAUUUCUAUUGGAUUUUUUGUACGUGAUGGUUUUUUUAAAAGCAGGAAAGAUGAUUUUCAAUUUACACCGAGAAUUUUUGUUCAAUGGAAAUUUAAAAUUUAGCAAAAGGAAUACCAAAUAGAUCUCAAAUCCUCGAGAAAUACCAAUUGUUGAAUGUUGUUUUUGAUUUAGUAAAAUACUUAGGAUAACUUUAGAGAGAUAAUUUUAUCUGAUGUACAUUAUUUAUGAUAAUUUGUUCGUUCUGAAUAAAAAUGUUCUCUCAGAA